AGUCGCAUUCGAUCAUCUAGCUCGUCUUCAUCGUCUUCAUCCGGGGAUGAUCGUCGUAAGCGUCGAGAUCGUCACGAUCGUGAAAAACGUCGCGAUCAACGUAGUGAUAAACAGAGAGACAGAGAUCGUGCACGGGACAGCAGGUACUGGCGGGGAGAGGAACGAGGAAACCGCGAGAGGGAACGCGAUAGAGAAUGGAGCGAUAGACAUCGCGAAAAUAGACUUCAUCGGGCUGGAGGAUAUUCAUCACGUGUUCGAGAUGGAAAAGAAGAGCCAUCGUUGCCUUCAUUGAUGGGUUUGGACGUAACUACACCGCCGAAUCUAAAUCCUAUUUGUGAAAAACGUGAUAGGUCUAGAAGUCGUUCGAAAUCCCCUCAGAACGUCCAUUCAGCAUCAGGAAUGGAACGAAGGAAGCGGAAAAAGAAAGACUCUCGGUGGAAAAACGACCAAAAUUGGCGUUUCCGGAAAUCUGAAAAGGAGCGAAAGUCGAGGAAAACAAACGAAACUGAUGAUGCUGCGAGAGAAAUCGCUGAUGAGGAGGCGAUUGAUGGAACUCUUAGAGAAAUAGCAGAGUUCGUCCGUGUUGAGGCCAAUUGUGAUGACGACGGAAUCGAGUUUGACAUAGAAGAUGCUGUUCUCAAGGAUGCUGUGACAGAGGCAGAAGAUGAGAGGAGUGUUACAGAUACCGAUCCACCUCCUGAUGAUACGGCAAAUCCGUCUGCUGAGCGAAUGAGUGGGGCGGAGAAUGAGGAACCUGUGGAGCAUCCCUUGGAAUCCGAAGAUGUUGAAGUCACGAAAGAAGAUAUUAUUGAUAAGCCUCAAGUUGUUGUCGAAGACAAAGUAGAGGAAGUUGAGAAUAAAGUCUCUGCGCGAAGGAAGGAUAGGAAACACAAAAAGCAUAAGAAGCAUAAGAAGCAAAGGGAAGGCGAUGACGAUAUUAACGGCGAAUCAAAACACAGACAUAAGAGAAGAAAGGAGAAAAAAGAAAAAAGGAAGAAAGAGAAAAGGCAUCGACGUGACAAGAAUUAUGACACUGAUGAGCUUAGCAAACACGAGCAUGAUAAAGAGCCAAAUACUGUUCUCGAAGAAAGCGAAACAAAAUAUGUCCAUAGCAGAGAUGGCGCAAAAAACUACAGCGAAGAGCGCAGAGGAUCUGAUAAUGUUUCUCAGAGGAAAAGUGAUUGUUACGGAGUUUCCCGUGACAGUAGAAAACAUAAUGAAAAAGAUAAGUCGGAAUUGUGCAAAAGACAUGAAGAGAAACAAAGUGGGAGGAGUAGAAGAGAGCGAGACCGUAGUGUUGACAAGCGGUAUGGAGAUAAGGUUUACGGAAAAGACAAUAAGCAUAGAAAUAGGAGUCGUGAAAGGGAUAUGCGAAAAAGUAAGGAUCAUUCGAACAAAAGAAAGGAUAGCGAUAGCAACGUCGACAGAGAAUCCGAAAAUAGGCAACGAGGGGAUCGAAAAGGAGAGUUUGGGACUAAAGAGCACUUGGAAAAGCAUGAAAAGAAUGAUCGCUCAUCGGAUAGAAGCCGUAACGAAAGUCAAAGAAGCGUUGCCUUAAGUAGCUCAAAGGAGCGUGAAAUGGCGAAAACUGCAGAUGUGAAACCAUCACAAUUCAUCACAAAGGAAGCUGAAGCAGGAACCAGAGAUAUCGAAGCCUCCGACACUACGAAACAAAGAGUUCUCACUACCAUGGCGAAUGAUGAUGAGCCUUUGGUUAAGAAGCAGAAAGCAGAUGUCGCAACCGGAUCGUCUUCAUCAACACCUAUGAAACCAGUUCCGACGUCGACUGUAAAGUUUAAGGUAAAGGCACCUCCGGUUUUGAAACUAAGUGGCGUAGAUAAGGAGUCUACCGACAUCGAGGAGGAUAAAGCUAAAUUGCCUGUUGAUGACAACAGUGUUGGUGGUGAUCCAAGGAUGCGUGAAGCGUUUUCACCGCCGAAACUACAACGGAAGAAGAUCACUCUUAACCUUUAA